AUGUUUUCGGGCUCUGUCAGUGCGGAUGAGAUUGUGCCAGGGCAGGUUUUCCUUGGAAACUUGUCCGCGGCUCUCAGCCUAGAGUACCGCCAGCAGCACGGGAUUACCCACAUUCUCUCUGUCUGCCCAGAAUACGAGCCGACUAAGCGAGACCACCUGAUGAUCCCUGUGGACGACACUGAGUACGACGAUCUGCUCACUCAUUUGCCGAAAGCGUGCGACUUCAUCCAGGAUGCGCUGAACGGAGGGGGGAAGGUCCUUGUGCACUGUGUCAUGGGCGUCUCGAGGAGCACGACGGCGCUGGCUGCAUACUUAAUGCGAACUCAUUGCUGGACAGCUGGCGAGGCCCUCUCAUACAUCAGGAAGUCUCGCCCGAGGAUCCGCCCCAACUAUGGCUUCCUCAGCCAGCUCGACGUCUUCGCAGAGUGCGACUACGCUCCUUCACCAGCAGUCCCCGCUUACCUGUCGUGGAAGCGGCGUCACAAGCAAGAGAUGACAGCGUUCUUGAGUAAGAUUGUGGAUACCACUGGCAUUAUACCCGACCAAUUAUACCUUAGCGAGUGCGUUGUCCAUUCCCUGCGUCUAACUAUCUACUGA